CACAGUAACCGGCUCUGUGGCGGCCGCUGGCUUAUCUCAUCUCAUAUCAUCUCAUCUCGGAGGAUCGGAUCGGAUCGCUUCGUCCAGUGCCAGUCCAGCACCUGCUGACUGUUCCGCUCAUAAAUCGUCCACAUCUCACUUUUCACUCGAGCGACAAAAAGAGAGAGAGAGAGAGACAGAGAGAGAGAAAUGGACAAGUGUUUCACUUUCUUCGCUCACAAGGAUCCUUCUCUGUCACAUCUUUUCCUCCGGAUCUUUGUUUCUGGACGGGAGGCUGCGGCUGCGUAAUGCCUCUCAGAAGACGGAGAAGUAGCAGAUGUGUUGUGCAGGAUGUUCUCUGUUUGACCACGGCCUGCUGCUGAAAGCCCUACAUUCAUGAGAAGGCAACAGAAAGAAGAUUACUGGGGGAUUAAACACAUGCACAUGUGUGCACAUGCAAACACAGGGGGUUCCGGGAUUUAACUUCCAUCCAGCUGAUCUGAAUGAACUUCCCUGACUGACUGAGAGACUCUAAAAGCAUCAUGGAAGAAGAGGAGGAGCCAACAGAGGCUCGCUGAAUGUACUGCCGCUGACCCCGCCUUCUUUCCACCUGUCUCACCAUCAAAGUCUUGGAAAGCUUUAAAUUGCAAAGCUGACUGUCCCACAAUGUGUUGGCGUUUUUCAGUAGAAUUAGCCUCACCCAUUGCUUGCAUAUCUCUGCUUACCCAUGCCCUGGUUUAUUUAAAAAAAGACUAACUGACAUUCACAUCUGAGAGACACAGAGAAAGCUUCAUUUUUUUGUAUCCUGCAGCCAUACAAGGAAAAAAAAAAAAAAUCAAGUGUCAAGAGGAAGAUGCUGAAGAGAAAGUGAUAUUUUUAAACCUUUUCUGUGGAUUCCUUACCACCACAGGCUUACACGUGAGACCGAAGGAUGACUGACAAAACCAAACCUUUGAUUCCUUUAAGUUCAGAAGUUCUGUUUUUAGCUCAAGCUCUUCUUGUUUUGGAUUACAUCAGCAACAAAGAUAUAUUCCUAUUGCUUUGUUGUUUAUGCUAAGAUGAGUAACAGAUCUGAUGUGAGAAUUGCCAGAAGGAGAUAAAGAUAUGUCUUAUUUUUGCUGCAGCACAUCUCUUUUCAUGAGGUUGUGACGUUUCCAAUAUAUUUUGGAGUAUAUGAGGCCUUAACAACAAGAAAUACAUUUGCACACUGUAGGUUCCGAUAGAAAGUGCAGAAGACGAUUCACCAGCAAAAUGUAACAUCUUCUGUACAAAACAAGAACAAUCCUAUCCCCUCAAACUGAGCUACAAUGGCCAGCCAGGCCACCCCUUUGUUUCUCCAUGGCUUCGAACUCAGUGGUCACUUUGUUGACCCUCGACCUCUUGGCACCGGUGUCACCGGGCUGGUACUGUCUGCUGUCGACCAGCGUACUGGACAGCGAGUAGCUAUUAAAAAGCUGUCAAUGCGAGAUGCAAUCACAGUGAAGCAUGCCCUGCGGGAGGUAAAGAUCACCCAACGAUUGCACCACGAGAACGUAGUAAGUGUCCACGAGGUCUUAGCACCAUAUGGAUGGCCGCUGCCCCAGGACCCAUCCCAGCUUAGUGCCCUGUACAUCAUCCAGGAGUGCAUGGAGACCGAUCUGGCCCGGUUACUGGACCAGGGACCACUACCUACAAGUCAUGCCACCCUGCUGUUUUAUCAGCUGCUGAGGGGCCUAAAGUUCAUCCACUCAGCCAAUGUCCUCCACCGAGACCUGAAGCCUGCCAACAUCUUCAUCAACACAGACCAAAUGCUGCUCAAGAUCGGAGACUUUGGACUUGCCAGAAUAGUGGACCCCCAUUAUUCUCAUAAGGGCUAUCUGUCUGAGGGUUUGGUGACUAAGUGGUAUCGUUCCCCCCGUCUGCUACUAUCCCCCAACAAUUACACGAAGGCCAUAGACAUGUGGGCUGCUGGCUGCAUUUUGGCUGAGAUGCUCACUGGACGCAUGCUGUUUGCAGGAGCUCACGAGCUGGAACAGAUGCAGCUGAUUCUCGACACAGUGCCAGUACUGAGAGAGGAGGACAGGCAGGAUCUCCUACAGGUGACACCUCACAGGGCAAUGGUGAUGCCUUCAUAUGUCAGUCAUGGAUGGAGAAUCAAGAAACCCUUCUCUGAGUUGUUGCCUGAAGUGGAUCCUUUGGCGGUGGAUUUUCUUGAGCGCAUCUUGACAUUUAACCCCAUGGACCGUUUGACAGCAGAAGAAGCUCUGUCCCAUCCUUUCCUUCAGCAGUACUCCUGUCCUGAGGAUGAGCCUGUCUCCUCACACCCUUUCCACAUUGAGGACGAGCUGGACAGCCUCAUCACCGAGCAGAGCGUGAGCAGCAGCGACAGUCAGGCCUCCAGCUUUCACUGGGAAAGGUAUGAUAACAAUUUAUCAACCAACAUAUGGGCACCAUACUCAGGCGAGAGGUGUCGGUGCUUGCCCUCUGGUCCUAUUCCAGCUGACAUAGGAGACACCACAGAUAAUGAAGAGGUGCAGCGGGACCCCAGGGCCAGUUCCAGCUCUCUGACAGAAGAGGCACAGGUUGACCCCCGCAAAUAUUCCCAUAGCAGUUCAGCUGAGCGUUUCCUGGAGAGCUCUCACUCGUCUCUGGAGCGGGUCUGUGCUUUAGGAUACGGGGAACUUGACUGCGGUCGCUCCUGCGAUUACAAGGUGGGCUCUCCUUCAUAUCUGGAUAAAAUUGCAUGGCGAGAGGGAAAGCCCCAGCACUACUCGGAGCCUAAGCUGAUUCUGGAUCUGUCUCACUGGAAGCGUAACACUGGCAGACUGCCUGUGCCUGCUGAGCCCAUUGGUGGCAGCAUGGAGGACCUGGGAGAGGUGAGGGUGGAGGAAGCAGAGGAAGAAGAGGAGGAAACUGGGGAUUUGUUCCAGGAAAUCACUCGCUGGGUGGAGAGUGCUCAUUCUCGUCUGCACUCGCCCAGUACCAGUCUAUUAAUGGACCACUGCUCACCCUCCUCUCCCCCUCUUCCGCUGUCUCCCACGGACCUCCCAGCUCCUGUCUUCCACUACAGCGAACACAUCCGUCCUCCAUCAGUUGACUAUGAUGAGGACAGACUGAGCCCCCUUCCUUCCAGCACAUCUUCCUCUAAUACUCUCCCCUUUCUCUUCCCAUCAUCACCCACAGCUAUAUUUUCGCCUCAAACAGCAUCGCCACCACCUACUCCACUUGUGCAGCUCCCAGAAUCUCAACCGCUGUCCUCUACCUCCUCUGUAUCUCAGUCCCCUAAUGCAGACUCUACAGAGUCUCUACCAGUCAAGCAAAAAGAGCGCUUGUUUGACCUUGAUGUGUUCAUUUCCCGAGCUCUGAAGCUGGUCCGGCAGAAUAAGGAGAAAGCUCAAGUGAAGAAAGGGAAAGAUGAAGGCUGGAUGGAGGAGAGCAAAACAGCAAGCAUUAAAGGAAAGGUGGCCCGUCUUUCAGAGCAUAGGACUUCCUCAUCACAGACUCCCAACUCAUAAUCUCAGUUCCAGGGUUAGCACAAGAUAACUAUAAAAAUAGUCACAUUUCAAAAUACACUGCAAAUGAGGGAUGCACUGCAUUCUAUGGUAGCAGCUUGACUUUUUAGCCCUCAAAUGGCUUCAGUUUAAAAACAGCAGUUGUGCAGCUUUGGUUCUCAGGCAAUAAAAGCUAAGAAAAAACUUGAGUGAAAUAUAAAUCAACACACUUGACUUUAUAAAUACUAAACAUUUACGUAAUGUAAGUAGUAGUUCUGCUUUAUGCCUGUUUCUAUAGGUAGCAAAGCUAACUGUCAAUCAUUCAAGACUUGAUGAUCGCUAGUGAUGCAUUGUCUUUGUACUAAAACUUGGAUUUAAUGAGUUCCCAGUUGGAAAUACAACAUAAAUGUCCCCUGAAGUCACAUCUCCUGUCAGUAAAGUGAGUGGUCUCUUGGUGUGUUUGAUUUGUUUUUGGAAGUCAAAACUCUGAUCUGAGAACAUCGCACAUGAGUUGGGUAAACAAGAAUGUCCCCUAAAAUUGAAAUUAUGACUAAGAAGGUCAGAGGUCUCCUGUUUGUUUUCUCUCACAUUGACACUGAUCAGAAAAUGACACGGAGUUUUGUCCAUUCCACUGGUGUGUUCUCUUAUGGGUAGGAAGUUGGAUUUUCCUAAUUCUCAGUUGAAAUGCAACUAGAAUGUCAAAAUUCUAACUGUGAAACUGAAACAUAACAUGUUAGUGCAAAACAUAAAAACCGAAAACAUAUCAGUAAUAGUUAACUCCAAAGACAAAUAGCCAGUCACACCAGUUUUCUGCUGUGACUGAAAACACACAAUAGAAGCUACAACUCUAUUGUUCUAGCCUUAACUACAACAAUGGAGUUGUAGUUAAGGCUACAACUCUCUCAAAUUAAGACAAGCUCCAAGACAAACUUAACACAAUAUAUUAGCAAACCAUAAAAUUUUGCUAAAAGUUUUAGUUCUAACCGCAAUCACAGCUUAAAGGCAGUAAAAAUGUUUUUUUUUUUUUUUUUUUUCUAUUUUAUGCCUACAAACUCUAAAGGUACAUAUAGUCGCAAUUAGAAGUUGCACAGCAUAACGCGUGCUAUCAGUUGACCAAGAUUGUUGUUGAAUAUCCGACUGGAAAUUCUGGGAAAUCUGACUUUAGAGUACAAAACAAGUCACAAUCUAAGCAGCCUCGGGUUCAGUCUUCAUUGUCAAAAUUAUAUAAAAUAUAGAUAAAACAGUGAAGGUUUGAGGAAUAAGCUAUUAACACUUAUGUCCAUUUGUGUCUAAUGAAACCUGUGACACACAUGCUAAUGCACAACCUCUGAUUUUGAACAUACUCCUUUGCUAUUUAAAUGCAUUUAAGAGAGAAAAUGAAAUAGUUACCAGCUUGUAGGGAUGUGAUGUAAUGCGAAGGUUCAAGCUCUGACUUAAUCCAUUGCGCCAUAUUCAUGUCACAAAAUAUUUGUCACUGAUAACAGCAAGCUUAGACUCUUAUGUGCUUAAAACCUGCUGUAAUUAGCUUUCUAAACUCCAUCCUGUUAACUCUUGAAAGAAUCUGUCAGUCUUCCAAUAACAUUUACCAAAUGAUGACGAUAAGAGAUGCAGCAAAAGCUUUUUCUAAGCGUUUGAAUGUAUUGACUAAGAAGUAACUAGACAGAGUGUGGCGUGAUCAACUGUUAGUUUUAUUUAUUGAUGUUUUAACACUCCUAAUGACUUACUAAGUUAUAACAAUAGAAUCUUGUAUAAAGUUAUGUUUGUGUUGGAUUUUAAAGUACAUGUUAUAUAUCAGACAAUUUUGUGGCUAAAAUAGUUCUGCAAUAUUUUCUAAAUAUUAUAAAUAAUUAUGUUUUUAAAUCAUUUUGGAGUUAGCUGGGAUUGUGUUUGAAUUUGGAAAGAGCUAAUCUAUGGUAGUGCUCCAUGAUUCUUCUGCCCGCUGGACUCAUUUUUAAACACAUGAAAUGUGUUUCCUGCUCGAUGCGCCACAUCUGUUCCACAAUGAAAACAGUUUUCUUCCACGGCUGCGGGCCUCAAUACCUUCUGCUCACUUCAGUGUUUUCAACAGACAGCUGUAGCAUAAAUAGCACUUAUCUCUAUAUUUUGGGAAAUGUAGAGUCUGCCAAGUAGCUCUAUUUAUAAUGUACAAUUUUUUCUGAACCCUUUUGUAUUUAUUAGGUUGUUACUGUAGAUGUUUCUGUUUCAUUUGUUUGUUUGUUUUUUCAUAGCAUUUUUGCUCUUUUAUUUCUCUCAGCCAAGCAUACUGGAAAACAUACAGCACCCUGUUCACUUACCGGCUACUGCCUAAAAAUAAAAUUUAUGUUUUAUAUUA